GGGUGAUCCUAAGGAUCGCUGGCGAAAGUGGCCGCGCAAGUGGAAUACUCUGCAGGCGUGCCAUUAUAAAGACGAUCCCUCUUCACGUUUCCAGCCUUCUUUUCUCGGGGGUUCUUCCCCCGCCCCUCCCUGUAAGAAAGGAGCCAGGUGGGUCGAGAAGAGAGAAGCCGCCCCUUCCCCCGCUCCUCCUCUUCCUCCCCACCCCUCCGAUUCUUGUCUCCUGCUGCUGCUGCUGCUGCUGCCGCCUGCGGCAAGGGACACCAUCCAGGGGAGCGCUCGACUUGGCAGCCACAGGCGUGUGUGCGUGUGUGUUUCUUUUGGGUGGUGUAAUUCCUCCUCCGCCACCCCUCGACUUUCUCGCGCGCAGCCGGCUUGGCUCAAAGGAGAGAAAGGCGGCGCGAUUGGCUGCUGAUUACCCAGCGCUGGGACUUCUGCACACACGCCGGAGACAAAACUCAGCCCAGGGCUUCGCCUGCCCCACUCGAGGCAGCGGGGAAGGAACCUGCGGGAGCUGCGGAGGCGCGCGCAACUUGCCUACUUGCCUGCCUGCUUGGCCACCCUCAGCCCUUGCGCCAGAAUCACCUCAGGCAGCGCGCGCAAAGCGAGAGAAGCCUCGCCACCAGAGCCCACCCGUCCCCCUUCUCCUCCUCCUCCUUUUCCGCCUAGUGUUUUGCAAGCACCCACCUGCUGCCCCGCUUCUCCCUUCACUCGCUGGGCGGCCCCGCUUGGACGAAGCGCGACUCCCUUCGCGCGCCGCCGCCACCGCCUUCCCCUCAGCCUUGUGGAAAAGAGUCCCUUCGGCUCGGGAAGGCGAGCGCAAUGGCGGGCGCUCCCCGCGCGCUGCUGCUGCUUUGCCUUUGCCUCAGCUGGAGCCUGCUCGUGGCCCCCGGGGAGCCGGCGCUGGAGCGCACGGGCGGGCUGCGGAAAAGAAGCCGGGCGGCGGCGGCGUUGGCUGCAGGUGACCAGCCCGCCCCGCUCGUCGUCUCCCCAGAGGACAAGGUCUCGGAACACAUGCUCCGGCUCUACGACCGGUACAGCGGCGGUCGGCCCGAGGAGUCGGCGCCCGGCGCGCCGCAGCUGCUCCACCUCCGCGAGGGCAACACGGUGCGCAGCUUCCGAGCGCUGCCAGCAGGUGAGCCGAGGCGCCCGCGCGCGCCAGCAGGCAGCCCACAGCCGAACCCGCCCCGGGUUGCUCGGGUGGGGAAUGUGUGCGGUGUGUGCCGUGAGGUGUUUGGUUUGAUGUUUGCGCGCGAGGGAGAUUGGGCACGCCGGGCAGCGCCGUGCCAUGCGCUCGCGCGCGCCCGCAGAAUGACAGGUCCCCGCACCAAUCCCUUCGCCCGGAGCGUCGCGCGCAAAGCGCCGUUGGGUGGGCUUAGCGCGCUCCGGGUCGCUGCGGGCACGCGGUACCCCCCGAGGGGGCGGCUUGGCGGACGCCAGGUGAGGAAAGAGAACUUACCUGGGCAGCUUUGCCCGUCGCCGGCUAGCGCGCCACAGGCGCCCUCAGCACAGGCGUCGUCGUGGCGCCCUGACAGGACGCGCGUCGAGCUUGGCUUGCGCGGGGGAGUUCUUCUUACCUAGCGUUACCCAGCGCCGGGUUCAAAUCAGGCGUGUGGGUUCGGGGACACGUGUAUACAGCCCGCUAAGGGCGCUUCCCUCCUCUUUAAGGGCCGUUUUAUGUGAAAAACAACAUUCCCAAGGAGUGGGAAAAUUUACCAUCUCUCUUCUCGGUGUGAUUGCGGUGAGCUGGUGCUCUUUCAGCCAGGUGGGUGUCCUGCGCCUGUUGCCCGAGAAAUCGGAUAUAUUAAAAGCAGGAAUCUGCAAUAAGCCGCCCCUGUGUGGGCUCCGGAGAGUCAAAACUGCGCUCCUGCAGAGAAAAUGACCAAGAGCGAAAGGUGGAGGAGUUCCGUGUCAAAACAGUUUUUGUUUACACAGAUCGCUUGCGGUUUCCUUUCUCUCUCCCUCCCGCUUUUGAGAUUUAACCAGGGCUGUCUAUCCUGCGUCUUCUUGGAGACCUCCUGGGUGACAUUAAAAACAACAAGUAAACAACUCCUCCGAGUUGCUUUCGACAUAUUUUCCUUACCAAAAGCAAAUGAUGGCCAUGGGCUUUAAUUUUAAAAGGUGGAUCUUCCCCUGCUAGUGAAUGCUUUAUUCAACCUAUUUCUCCGUGUAAAAUCGGUUUGGGAGAAAUGAUUACUCACCAGAAGGUCCUCCGCUGCUCACAGAGCUCGCUUUUCCUAAAAAAGCUCUUUUGUAGGUUAAAGCCAAAUCAUACAUGAUAACGUCCAAUGAAGGAUAAAAGUUCAUUGAGAGAUCAGGAAGUGGGGCUCUGUCUUGCUUCUGCUCCAGUGAACUCUGUAGGGAUUUGGUGAAUGAUUUGACAGCUGGACCGAGACCACAGACUGCACUUGUCUCAAACCACUGCAAAGAGAUUUUCCAAAAGUUGCUACAUGCUCAGACCUCAGAAAGUCUAUUCCUGGGCACAUACCUGAAAUCCACAAUAUAAAUAUACCCUGAGCACCACUGACAAAAUGGCAUGGGUGGGUGAUGGUUAAAAUGACACCCCAAUCCUAAACCCAAUGGACACAAGCCAGGGAAAAUCAGCUACACUUAAGACCCACUGAAAUCUAUCUUUGACCCAAGUGUUUACCUGUACGGUUUGCAGUCUGACCGUGCACUUGUUUACUUGGAAGCAAGUUCCAUGGAGUUCAAUGGGGCUUACUCCUUGGAAAAGAUGCUUAGGAUUGACAGCCUAAAUCACAUUGAUUUAAGUGGGGAUUUGGUGGCCCUUCUACCUUUCUGUGCGUGGCAUCCGAUUAUUGGGAUUGAAUUUAAGUGGUUUCAGAGUAAUAUAUUUCCAGGUAAAGAUGUGCAAGACUGUGGUGUCAUGUUGCAAUAAAUGAAACGGUUAGUCCACAAUUAAGGUGGUGGGGGGGUAUUUGAGAUAAUAUAUGCGCCUUGGUGGGGUGAACAUAUGACCUAACAGAUGACUUCAUAAUGUGGAAGCAAGUGCCAUUUAUUUCAGUAGGUUUUGCGCCUAAUCUGUUUACGAUCAGAGUGCAAGUGCAAGUAGAUAAGCAGCGUGCAGCCCCUGUCAGGUGCUUAGCAGAAAUGCCACAAGCCGAAUAUGUUGAAGAUGGCUGUAUCUUACAGUUCGGCUCUAGUGUCUGGUAGCCAGGGGUGUACUGCUUCUGAACAUGGAUGCUGCACUCUGACUAAUCACCCAGCACCCCAGCAUUUGUCUAUACUUUUUAAAACUCUUGACCCACAUCUUGCAGCAAGCUAAUGAAAUGCUAUCAUACACAUUGCAUGAUGAGAUACGGUACUUCCUUACAUUUCUCCCGAGCCUCUUGUUAGUCCGUUCUAACGCACUCUGCUUUUUUGAGCAUGAAAACCAUUUAUUUCCAUUUUCUUUUUUCAUAUGGCUCAGAAUUUUACAAUGUUGUAUGGUGCCUAAUCUUUGUUUUUUGUUCUUUCUAAACUUGUAAGCCUUCUUUGAAGAUUAGGGCACUCAAUGUGAGUGUGAGAGACACGGCGUCAGUGGUUAUUGCAAUCUAAUUACAGUGUCACCAAAAGGAAAAGGACCCAGAAUCCUCCCUACUAUAUUUUCUAACUGUUGCGCCUUCCUCUUAGUUAUGCAUGCAUUUGCUGCAUGCUUAGCUGAAGAAACAGAUGCAGUGCAUUAUAGAAUAUGUCAGUUAAUAAGUUGUUUUCGGCACACCGUUAGUAACUCAGUAAAACGUAUAGCCCUGGAAAUAACCAUGUGUUUGAUAUACUUGAAGCUUGGGCAGUUUCUACUGCAUCACGUGUAUCUCGCAGGCAAGCUACUGGAAGUUCUCUUCUUCUUCUGUAUUUCAGGACUGGGAUAAAUUUUACACAGAGAAACAAUUUCUUAUCAUUGUCUCUGCAAAGUAGGAUGGCUUGAUUCUAAGUACAAUCAUGCCUGUGCCGUUUGAAGAACCUCUCAGGAUUCCUAAGGGUCUGUUUAGCAUUGAGGUUUUAGCCUGCUGUUACAUAGUAAUUAGUGAUCUUCUAGUUCUGGUGUGUUCUCACAUCCACAGUUAGAAAUUAAUUCUAAAAGCAAACCACUUAAUUUCAGGGAGAUCCAGUAUUGAGUGGAGUGCUUCAGCCCAUGAAAAGCUGCAGCAGAGAAUAAAACUCAUCCUGAAAAGACAUUCAAGAACAGGUUGAAUCCCUCUAAAUUUACCCAGGCUUUCUUAGGAAUGUAGGAUAUCUAUCAGUCUCGUUAGGAGAAGCAGUGCUGAAUUUGGUGCUGUGUUGCAUCAAACCCACCCUAUGCAUGUUUAAUCCCUAGUAAGUGUGUUUAGGGGGACGCUGUGGUCUAAACCACAGAGCCUAGGGCUUGCCGAUCAGAAGGUCGGUGGUUCGAAUCUCCGCGACGGGGUGAGCUCCCACUGUUCGGUCCCAUCUCCUGCCAACCUAGCAGUUUGAAAGCACAUCAAAGUACAAGUGGAUAAAUAGGUACUGCUCCUGCAGGAAGGUAAACGGCGUUUCUGUGCGCUGCUCUGGUUCGCCAAAAGUGGCUUAGUCAUGCUGGCUACAUGACCCGGAAGCUGUAUGCCGGCUCCCUCAGCCAGUAAAGCAAGAUGAGCGCCGCAACCCCAGAGUCAUCCACGACUGGACCUAAUGGUCAGGGGUCCCUUUACCUUUACCUUUUAAGUGUGUUUAGGACUGCAGCCUUAGAGUAAUUCCCAUAACCAUUUCAAUCAAUAGGAGUUUUGUCAUAUCAUUCAGUGGACUGUGGACCCAUGUCCAUGACCCAAGCUUGAAAAACCUGUAGAUGUCUCAUCGGUCAACAUGAGUUUUGUUUUGUUAUCUUGACAUUGGCUUUAUGUUGAUCUAGUCAAAGUCACCACUUAGCUUUCACCAGCUGGAGAGCCUCACCAGUGCCAUUGGAAUAGUAUAUGCUUACUUUCUGAAUAGCAAUAUUUACACGUUUGCACAUGUGUGUAUUUACCACUUUCCACAACAAAGAAAGUUUUUUUUGUGCUCUUAUAUCCUUACAUCCUCCAAAUGCUGCCUGUUCCCAACAUUUUAGCUUUCUCAUUGCUUUGUAUGAAUUUCCAAUACAGAGGUGUCAAAUAUACUCUCAGGAAUUUUCUGCUUGCUUUCUUGAGCCAUCUGGGUUUCUUCUACUAAAUCUUAGUUCCACUUAGUUCUAUUUAGCUUAAUACCCACUCCUGGCCUCUAGCAUGAUGGCUGAAACUCACAAAACAAAGCACUGAAGAGUACUUGAGUGCCGGGGUGGGGAGCCUGUGUGACUCUCCAGAUGUUGGAACUCUCCAGAUGUAGGAGCUGCUCAUUAUGCACAGCUCCUAGCAUGUUAAGUGGUCUGGAUAGUGGGGAGUUGUAGCCCAGCAACAUUCAGGGGGCUAUGAGCUUUGAAGCCCUGUUUUAGCAAUAGCACUACUACUUAACUUCCAUGUUAAUGGGACGCUCCUGUUCCCACUUUUUCAAUCCAGCAAACUCCCAUUGAACUGAUUGCAGAUUUAUGUUAGUCACAACUAAUGCCUAUCCCAUUGCUUUCGAAGUGGUGGUGGUCAUAGGCAUGAGUAACUUUUGCUGGACUGUGUCUGUUGUCGUCACAUUCAUAGACUGGCAUCGCAUCUCAAUCCCAGAUGCAAUGUGUGGAUGCACGAGCCAUUGGUUCCAAAGCAAUAUUCCAUGUAAGUAUACAUUAUGAUUGCAGCCUAAAUCCACAAUCCAUCACCCCUUUGUUCCAGAGUUACUUUAAUGGAACUACUAGGUGCUCAUUCGUGCUCUCUCUCACUCUGUGUGUGUGUGUGUGUGUGUGUGUGUGUGUGUGUGUGUGAAAAUUGCAGCCAAGGGCACUUACUUCAGUUGGUUUAUAUAGCAAGUUUGAAAGUAGUGACCUGACCAUUUACCACUGGCAAGUCAGAAUUGCCAUCAGACAACCAGGCAGGAGCAAUUUUAUAAGGUGGGAGAGAGUUGGUGCUGCUUGAUAUGCCACAAAUAACUAACCUAGACAGGUGAGCAGGGUUUAUUUUUUUAUUAUUAUUAAAGAUUUUAUUGGUUUACAAAAGUAUGAGUAAUGUCUCUCUCUCUCUUUUUUUCCAAGUAAUAUUUUUACAUUAGUCUUAUAUUAGGAAGAAAAGGGGGAAAGAGGUGGAGGGGAGAAAGGUGAGUGGGGGUGGGGUCAGGUGGCGAUGUUUCUGUUUUACUUAAUAUAUGUGUGGGGUUUUGUGUCAGCGUCGCCCUCCAGUGUUAUUGCCAGUCACCAAAUUCUACUUGCCAUCUCUGCAACGUUUUGCUAGAAUGGGUCUAUUUAUCAUCCAAACUAGAGAUGUCACUAACUUUGGGAAUGCAAUUAACAUGUGUUUUUUGGGUUAUGUAAACAGAAGGAGCUUUGAAACUGGGAGGGGGAGGAAUAAGGAGGGGAAGGGGAAGUUUAGGGAGGAGAAGCUUGAUUCUCUCUCUCUCUUCCUGCCGUGCUCCCAAUAAAAUAAGAGCUCUCUCAAGCAGCUAUUUGCAUUUCAAGGGAAACCUUCGUUGGCACCAGAGCUGUUUAUUUUGCCCUUAUUCAUGUGAUAUAAGCAGUUCAGCACUUUUUCCUCUGUGAUCGGAGGCAGAAAUUCUUCUGAAUGCCCUUUGCUGAAACCGCAGGAGGGGAGACUGGCUCUUGUCCUCAUGUCUUGCUUUCAGGCAUCUGGUUGGCCGCUGUGAGGACAAGAUGCUGGGCUUGAUCCAGCAGGGCUGUCCUUAUGUUCUUAUGAUCGGUGUGUGAUUGAAUGUGAUGUUGCAAGGAAUAAUAAUAAUAAUAGUAAUAAUUUAUUAUUUAUACCCCGCCCAUCUGGCUGGGUUUCCCCAGCCACUCUGGGCGGCUUCCAACAAAACACAAAAAUACAAUGACCUAUUAAACAUUAAAAGCUUCCCUAAACAGGGCUGCCUUCAGAUGUCUUCUAAAAGUUUGAUAGUUGUUUUUCUCUUUGACAUCUGGUGGGAGGGCGUUCCACAGGGCGGGUGCCACUACCGAGAAGGCCCUCUGCCUGGUUCCCUGUAACUUGGCUUUGCGUAGCAAGGGAACCGCCAGAAGGCCCUCAGCUCUGGAUCUCAUUGUCUAGGCAGUACGAUGGAGGUGGAAACGCUCCUUCAGGUAUACUGGACCAAGGCCGUUGGGGGCUGUAAAGGUCAGCACCAACACUUUGAAGGAAAGAAGGCAUAAGCGGCCUGAAUGUAACCUAACAACUCUAACAGUCUUUGCAUUUCACCUGCAUAUGGGCACCUAGCAAUCUUAUCUUGAGCUGAGUUCCACAUAUCACUUAACGUCUGCAUGGUACCUGCAGCCCAAUCCUAUGCAUGUCCAUUCAGAAGCAAGCCCUUCAAAGCUCAGCGAGACUUUCUCACAGCAUUGCACCCCUGAUGUAGCCUCUUUGUGCCAAUGAAGCUCUUGUAUACGAAUCAAAGAAAGCUGGUCACAUUUGAGUGAGUCCCAUUGAAGUGAAUGGGAUUUUGGCACGUACUCAAAAACAUAAGCCCCAUUAAUUUCAUUGGAAUCUAAGUGCACUUUCCCUGGAGAAUUCCUGAUGGGUUUAAGCCGCGUUAAGCAUCUGUACUCAGCUGUCAUUAUGAGAGCCUAAAUUGGGUGAGAUAAUUAAAUAUAUACUUUGAAGUGCUUGGUGCAUCACAUAGACAUGGCCUGGUCCUAAAGGUUGUUGCAUUGGCAAACAAAUGCUUAGGACUAUGGUGCAGCAAAGUCUGUGCAAUGCCAUCCGAUUGUGGCAUUACAGUGUUGUUGCAGAGAUUUUGUGCAGACAUUUAGGAUUAACGUGUAACGCGUGUUUGAAAACAUCAUGGCUGCAGUCUUAUUAGUAUCUGAGAACUCCAAAAGAACACUGUGUGUGUUUUACAGUACUUGUAAAAUGCUUGUUAAAAUGGUGCGUGGGUGUGAAAGAGAGACUCCUGGAUUUGCAUACAGUACAAUCCUGAAUGGAAUCCAGGCCAGCCAGUAUCAAGGUGAAGGUCAUCACUGUGCAGAACAUUUCCCCACAGAAGUGAAUGGCAGCUAUUUUCUUGUAUGCAGGAGGGGGCAGCCUUGCAGGUGCCACCAGAGGAGAGGCUAAACCUGCUUCCUUCUCCUGGUGGCCUCAUGGACUCUUCAUAGUACCUUGUCUUCACCUGCAUAGCUUCAUCCUGGUUCUUGGUCACAGCACAGUGUGACAGCAUUAGGAACCGGCUCUUAUAUAUUUGGAUGGUAUCAUUAAUAUUGAGCCAGUACAGUCAUACCUCGGGUUACAGCCGCUUCAGGUUUCGUUUUUUCGGGUUGAGGACCGCCGAAACCUGGAAGUACUGGAACGGGUUACUUCCGGUUUACGGCGGUCACGCAUGCGCAGAAGCGCCAAAUCGCAACCCGCGCAUGUGCAGACGCGUAGAUGCGGGUUGCAAAUGCUGCGGGUUGCGAACAUACAUCCUGCACGGAUCACGUUCGCAACCCGAGCGUCCACUGUACUUUCACAUCACAAGCUCCCAUUGCCAUAGGCAUGCCGUGUUCAAAUGAUCAUCCAGGGCUCCAUGGGCAAUUGUUUUGUGAGACUGUGGAUAAUUGCCCCUCCCUUGCUUCUACACCCUUCCCAUCCCAUUCUGGCUUCAGCACAAAGAUCAUGGCUUGCAUUGAUUUAGAAUUCCUCUUUGCACCCAACCUGGGAAACUCCGCCAGUUAACAAACCAAGGUUCUGAAGAGAAUUCCAUAUUUUAAAAAAGUCCUCUUGGAACAAAAUGGUCCAGAACUCUUGUCUUCUCCUUUGCGGUGCCACUCAUCAAAAAGCGCACAGGUACAACUCAGGGGAAGUUAUCUUGGCUCCUUUCAGGAUACCUGAUUAAAAGGUAUUUAUUGUUCUAAACCUAAAAUGUCUUUGGAAAGGAGCCCAUCUUUGCGGUCUUUUAGCUUGUAUUUACUCUGUUUCUUGACUGUGGGUGGCAAAAGUCCUAUAAAUACACAGUUCGCUCACCCUUUUCCUCCCCCCCCCGAUCCUUUUGCAGUUCAAGUGCCAAAGAAAUAAAUUUGAAGUGGCUAUAAGUUUUUUUUGACACUUUUAUAAGUAUUUAUGCAAAAUAUUUAACCAGUUAGGUGUUAUCUUUCCUGUCCCUUAGGAUGUGACAGCUCAUUUGUACGGUUAUUAAUGGCAGAGAACUACAUUUUCUGUGAAACCUUAGAUCGUAUAAAGGUGGGGAGUGCUUCUCAUUUCCCCCACUAGGUUCCAUACUUGGCUGAAAAUGGAGUGGAAAUUGGAUAUUUUGUUUCCAUUGGUAGGUAUUUCAUAUUGAAAUUUAUCCGCAACGCACACUGGAUGCUAGCUGGAAUUUGCACAGAAAAAAAAUCGUGCCUGUCUCCAUCUUCACCUUUCGGUUCGUAAGCAAAAAUGCACACAAAUUAUUUGGUCACGCUGAGCCGUUGAAGCCAAUCGAGGAUUUUGGCAUUGCCUUCCACGGCGUGUAGGUGGCCCCCAUUUCCACUGGUCUUUGGUGGCAAUGUUGACUCAUCAGUGAAUUAAUUUCUCAGGGAAUUAAUGGGUUUUUGUUCACCUCCUCCACUAAAAGGUUCCAUGGGAAUCUGUUCUUACCAGUUUUAACAGCUGGUUUAUCCAUUCUGAGGAAUAAGAUAAGAAGAUUAUUUGCUGGAUCAGGCCAAAGACACCUCUAGUCCAUCCUGUUCUCACAGUGGCCAACCCAAUGCCUCUAUGGCCAGCCUUCUUAAUACAACAAUACUUUCCCCAUGUGAGUCCCAGGAACUGCCAUUCAGAUGCACACUGCCUCUGGUGCUGGAACUAUUAUAGAGCCAUCCUAGCUAGUAGCCGCUGGUAGCUGAGCCCUAAAAAAAAAUUAGUCCAAUCCCCUUUUAAUGCUGCUCAAGUCGGCGGCCACCCCCACAUCUUCUGGCAAUGAAUCCCAUUAGUUUAAUUCUUCACUGCAUCAAACAGUAAUUCCUUUUGUUCUGUCUUGGGUUUUCUAACAUUCAGCUUCAGUCCUAGUAUUAUGGCAGAGGGAUAAAAACUUCUGUCUCCACACCGUGGGUAUUUUUAUGGAGUGGUAAACUGAUGUAGCAGACAGAAUUCUGGACUGUCCCGUAUCAGACAGCAAGUGUGUGUGUGUGUGUGUAUGCGCACACACACACACCAUGUUCUUCCUAUACUUCAGAGUGAGUUCUUUGAAUGCCCUUAAUUAGUAGUGCAUUUGAAGAAGGUUGCUCUGAGCCAUGGGUAGGCAAACUAAGGCCCGGGGGGCCGGAUGCGGCCCAAUCACCUUCUAAAUCUGGCCUGUGGAUGGUCCAGGAAUCAGCAUGUUUUUACAUGAGUAGAAUGUGUGCUUUUAUUUAAAAUGCAUCUCUGGGUUAUUUGUGGGGCAUAGGAAUCCGUUCAUAUAUUUUUUUCAAAAUAUAGUCCAGCCCCUCACAAGGUCUGAGGGACAGUGGACUGGCCCCCUGCUGAAAAAGUUUGCUGACCCCUGAGGAGCCUUUCUUAGUAUGUACAAGGUGUGUUUUGCACUUUGGGAGCCUGCAAAAACACCCCCUCCUUCACUUUCACACACCUGUAGCCUAUACAUGAAUUCUAUCAACCUCGUUCCGUCUUAUGGUGUAGAACAGCCUUCAGAAUCUUGGGGCCCUCCAGAAGUUGUUGGACUACAACUCCCAUCAGCCAUAGCCACGUCGUGCUGAUGGGAGUUGUAGUCCAAAAACGUCCAGAGGGCACUAGGUUGGCGAAGGCUGAUGUAGGAAGACUUUUGUUCAUAAAUUGUACUUUUUAUUUUUUCCACUUUUCUACAAUAGGUUCAUCCUCAUUAAAGAUUUGGGGCCAGCUGUAGAAAAUGGGUGUCUCAUAAGGGGAAAGGCAUCUCUUUGUGGGACAGCUUAUCUAACAAUUAAAACAAAUCAAAAAGUCAUCUGGUAGGAAUCUUUGCAUGACUCCCCCUGCCAUUAGUCCCUUAGACUUCAGUAUUGCGAGAAUGUCUGAAUAAGCGAUUUGGAGAUCACAGCCUCUAGGUGAUGAAUUGUGUGUCCACCUGAAUAUCAGCAAAAGUCAGUCAUGGUGGGACGAGGAGUUCAUCUUGAAAGAACUUAGGGAAGAUCCAAUCAUAAAUGAAAACAUACAUUGUAUUAAUUACGUUGUUUCGAUACAAUGUUCAGAAACAGCCAAGAAGGGAACUAUUAUUUAUGGUUGUCUUUGGCACUGAACAACACUUCACCCCCACUCCCCGCGUGAACUGACACUGGGCAUAAAUUCUCCACUGAGAAGGCACAGUUAAAAGGACCUCCUCACAUAUUCCGUGUACACCUAAAAAUGCAAAGUGUGUGAAUGCUGCAAGCAGGUGUGUGGCAACAGACGCAUCACACAGGUGUUAUCAAAGAGCCAGGAUUAGCUGCAUAUCCCUGCCGGGUGUGCAGGUGAAAGCUGUUUUCUCCAAGGCUCCUGGUGGAAUAUAAUUACUGCACUUUAAAAACCUGUUGCUGAGGAUAUUUCGCACUGGUUUCAGCCUUUGUCUUAGCCGUGUGUAUGUAGAUAUAUAAUCUUUGUAUGCGAACUGGCUUGGAGAUGUUGGGUUAUAUCCAACUAUAUUCUGCUCAGACUUGACCCACUGACAUAAGUAAGCAGCGCCAGAUUUAGGGUGGUGCAGGCGGUUCUGCCCUGCAUGGGGCACCGGGCCAAUGGGGAGCAAAAGCGAGAUGAUCCAUGAUUGAGAAGAGCCAUUUGGUGGCACCAAGUUUUGGCCUUGCUCAGGGCACCAUAUUACCAAAGAUUACCAAAGCCUGCCUCUGAAGAAAGCCAUGUCCUCUAAUUUCCGUGGGUCUUUUCUGUGCAUGACUCAGUAAUUGAAUAUAGACCUAUCAGUAGAAAAGUGCUUUAUAUGUGUUCCUUGGAUGCAUCACAGUGGGUAGUAAUUGCAGCAUCACGACCUUUUCUAAUUGUUUUCGAGAGAAAGUGGAAGGACAGGGAGAUAGUAAACAAAAAGAGUGGCAUGGGAGGAAGGUGAACUCUGGUAAAUGAGAAAAAAGAGGUUGUCUCAUGUUGCAGUUUUAUCUUAACGGUGGCUCUCAGGUCUAAAAAUGUUGAAGGCAACUCAUGUUAUGUACUGAAGUUCUCACCCUGGGCCAGCAGGGGGAUACUGUAGAUAGUUAUACAAAUGAAGGAUCGAAAGUGACAUUCGGUGAUUGGAUGGAUACUGUAGAUAGUUAUGCAAAUGAAGGAUCAAAAGUGACAUUCAGUGAUUGGAUGGUUUUAGAAAGUUGCUACAGUAACAUUGUACUGGAGCUCUAUAUAAGCAGGCUGACUGAGCCCUUCAGUUCAGUUCUGUUCUGGCCUCUGAAUAAAGAAGAGCUGUUUGAAGAAUCGCUGUGUCGUCUGAUAUGUUCACCCACAACUUAACAACUCAGGUUUAGAAUGCCCUUUGUCAGAAUGUUUUGAUCAGUCCAACAUCACAAUCUGCUUUAAAUUCUUGAGAAAACAUUGUCCUUUCUAGCUGGCCGUCCUUAAAUGUGCAGUGAUCUAAGACUUCCCCACCAAAACCAAUUUAUUUCAAAUUGAAUUUUGCAGUGUGGAUAAAAAUAGAAGUUUUAGCUCGAAUGCCUCUCCCACCUUGUCGCUGACUGAACUUUCUACACUUGAGAUUCUUCAGCGGAGUGCAAACCUGAAAUAAGCUACCAACCCAAACUGUUCCCGGUGCGCUAUCUCUCUCUCUCCUCAACUGAAUCCCACAAGCGAAUAUCUGCAUCGGUGGUAGGACCUUUCCUGGAAUAUGUGAAUUCAUUGUAAAUAGCACAUUUCUGGCCCCCUUCACUUCUUCUAUGGUUAUUAUUUUAAGUAUAAAAACAUUAAACUAGACUUGCAAAAUGCCAGUCCUUCAAAUGGAGGACUGUCCCUUGUAAAAUAGGACACAGGGCCACCUUAGAGGCAGCUACCUCAUGAAAGGGCAGUGAAUUUCUAGUUAUUUAAUUGAAUUACCGGUAUGCAGCAAAUAUCAUUGUUUUGUUUUAUUUUACUGCUAGGAACAGGUGUUUGUGUGGGUUUCAGCCUCAAGUGCAAAAAUAACUUGACCCAGCCCUAGGUACUGUGUAUCCUGACUCUGUGGUGGGGAUGUUAGUCACCAGGCAGCAAAAUGUCUUGGAGUUGCCUUGGCCAGAGUGGGGUAAGCAAGAGGAAGAGACUUUUUAGGAGAAGCAAAGUUCUCAGCAAAGUGUAAAGGUCCACCCUUUUUAUAUGAAAUAGCACAUUCUGACAAUGUUUGCUGUGGUUACAUUAAUUAUACUCCUUAUAAUUACUGACUUAUCCAAAGGAUAAGUCAGUAAUUAUAAGCUGAGACCCUACCUGCCCGCAGACUGUCUCGCCAGAGUGGUGCAUGCUCUAGUUAUCUCUCGCUUGGACUACUGCAAUGCGCUCUAUGUGGGGCUACCUUUGAAGGUGACCUGGAAACUACAACUAAUCCAGAAUGUGGCAGCUAGACUGGUGACUGGCAGUGGCCGCCGAGACAACAUAACACUGGUCUUGAAAGACUUACACUGGCUCCCAGUGUGUUUACGAGCACAAUUCAAAGUGUUGGUGCUGACCUUUAAAGCCCUAAAUGGUCUUGGUUCAGUAUAUCUGAAGGAGCGUCUCCACCCAUUGUUCUGCCUGGACACUGAGGUCCAGCACCGAGGGCCUUCUCAUGGUUCCCUCACUGCGAGAAGCCAAGUUACAGGGAACCAGGCAGAGGGCCUUCUCGGUAGCGGCACCCGCCCUGUGGAACGCCAUCCCAUCAGAUGUCAAGGAAAUAAACAACUAUCUGACUUUUAGAAGACAUCUGAAGGCAUCACUGUUUAGGGAAGCUUUUAAUGUUUAAUAGACUAUUGUAUUUUAAUAUUCUGUUGGAAGUCGCCCAGAGUGGCUGGGGAAACCCAGCCAGAUGGGCAGGGUAUAAAUAAUACAUUAUUAUUAUUAUUAUUAUUAUUAUUAUUAUUAUUAUUUUACUUUAUUCGUUAAGUAAAUUUAUGUCACACCUUUCCUCCAAAGAAGCCCAAGGUGGAAUACAUAGUUCUCCCCCCCUCCAUUUUAUCCUCCCAGCAACCCUGUGAGGUAGGCCAGCCUGAGAGAUAGGGACUGGCCCAAUGCUGACUUGAUCCAUGCUGACUUUAUUUCUCCUUUGGGAGCAACAGAAGAAUAUACAGUGAAUACACAAACAAAUGUACGAAUCUGAAUAUGAUCCGUAUGCCACUUUACAUCAGGCUAAAUUGACAGGUGCAAUCCAAGCAAAGUUAAAAAUUUGCUUUCCAUGAGGAAAAAAAAGCACGAUAUAUACGAUAUACGAUAUCUUUAUUGUCAUUGUCCCAAGCAGAACAAUGAAAUUGAAAAACUACAUAAAACAUUCAAAAACCCCUAAAAACUCUGAAACCCCAUUUUAAAAUACACUAUACUAUAGAGACUCCUUAUGCUGCGUUUAGAACCAGAAUUGCAUUUGCGUAGAAACUGUUUCUCAGGCGGCUAUUCCUGCUUAACUGUGUUCCAUUGAAAUCAAUGUGGAUUAAAAGUGGUUCACUUUGGCUAAGAUUGCACCUUAUGGGUCGGAUUCUGCUAAUGAGUCCCACUGGCAGAAACCUGCACAAGGAUUUUCCCUUAGCACAGUGGGGCUUUCCCUCUCUCUCUCCUCAUCUGUCUAAUGACCCCUCCCAAAUUGGCAUUUUUUGUGGGGGGGGGCAGGCAAGAGAACUCCUAGAAUAGCACAUGGAGGGGGACUGUUCCCAAUGUAUGGACUUAUUCCCUAAUAGGUGUGUUUAGGACUACAGACUUAAAGAAGACAGAACAGAGACCAAACAGUUCUAUUUAAUGAACACAGUUAAUUUGACUUCAUCAACACUCUAAAAAACCCAAAAAAACCCCAAACCCUAGAUCUCUGAAAAGUCAUUUCAGGUAUUACACCUGUCCUUGAGCCAAUUACAACCAUAUGGUUUCCUACUUCUUUUUUUCAAGCUGUUCUUUUUCUUAGUUCAGUUUGAAACACCAGUCAAAAAUAACACAGGAAAUGAAGCAUAGUGAACCUUACUAAGAAGGACAAAACACUAUUGGGUUGGGAAGAGAAAAAGGAGGAUUUCUUUCUUUCUUUCUUUCUUUCUUUCUUUCUUUCUUUCUUUCUUUCUUUCUUUCUUUCUUUCUUUCUUUUGCAGGGGGAAGAGGGCAAUGAAAACAGAAUUUCCUUCACCUGCGCUUGCUUCAACGAAGUUUGGGCACCCUGUAAAUGCAUAAAUAAAAAUUGUGUCACCCCAUUUCAUAAACAAAUUUACUGAAUAUACAUAAGGUACUUUUGUCAUUUUUAUAAAGGAGGUUUACCGGGGAAGUGAAAACAAAGCAAACGUAGAGCAGAAUUGGAAGGAGUUACUAAGCAAGGCUUGAAAGGGGAAAAAAGGGGGGGCCAUUUGCAGACUUGCGCUUUCUACUUCUCAGUUCCACCUCAGAGCGCACUACUGGCGACCGAGUUAUAAAGCCACAAAAAGAGGGUUUAAUAAUGGAAGUGCUGGUGCAUUCUUAAGUAUAUGGGGCCAGCAUGCUGCUUUAAUAUCUAAUUUAAAGUAGGGCUAAUGAUGACUAUAUAACUAAGCAGCCCUCAUUAUUGCAUCCCUUUUCACCCAUGGGAUAGAUUUGGCAAUCCAUAAAAAUGUCAGUAUAUCCUCUGUAAAGGUAAACAUGCCACAUGCUAGUGGACUUGUUCUAGCCCCCAAAAACAUGUGGUAGUGAUAGCAGCAGAACCUGAGCACAAGAUCCCUCUACCCUCCUAAAGUUUCCAGCAAUUGGUAUUCAGAAGCAUUACUUGCCUCCAACAGUCAGGGGGCAGAGUGUGGCCGUCAUAGACAGUGGCCAUUGAUGGCCUUAUUCCUGCAUGAAUUUAUCUAAUCCUCUUUUAAAGCCAUCCAAGUUGAUGGCCAUCUUCGCUUUCUUGUGUGUGUGUGUGGGGGGGGGUCAAUUCACUGGUGUAGCUUGGGAGGAUGCCAAGGGGUAUUGCCCCAAGCCCACGAACCAGAAUUGGUGCUGUUUUGGGGUGAGAUUGUGCCAAUUUCCAGCGCAAGAUCUAACGUGAUUUCUGCAAGAUCUUGCUGGGAAUCGGUGCAAUCUCGUCCCAUAUCAGCACCACUUCUCUGCCAGUGGCGGAGGCAGCAGGGCAGGCAAGGUUGCCCAUGCAGUCACCGUCUCAGGGGCUUCUGCCAUCUGAGGCAACAGCCUCACACUGCCUAAUGGCUGCACCGGCUCUGCGCUUCAUUGCAGUCUGAAUAUUAAUUAAAAAGCAACAGCAAUCAUACUGAAGUGCAUUUGUAUUAUGCCUUUGUUGGGAAGCCUUCCCUUGCAAAAUAAUAUCCAGCAGAAUAUUAAUUAACCUCCCUUCUUAGUGCCUUGGCAAAGAGGAAUCGGGUUUAUGCAAACAUCUUCAGCUAGAUGCACACUUUGGGGCAUUUUUGCUUGCUCCAGACGCUGAUGGUGUUUCCUGCUUGGCAGGGGGUUGGACUCGAUGGCCCUUGUGGUCUCUUCCAACUCUAUGAUUCUAUGAUUCUGCCCAGAUAGCAGGUUUGCAGAAUGCAAAUGACAAAUGUUAUUUGCAAGGGAAAACAGAUAUUGGCCCAGUUUUCAUGAAGCACUUAAGCCAAACCAUGGCUUACCGCAGAUGAGCAAUCCAUGCAGGCAAGGAGAUUCCAUCAGCUUUGGUCAUUUUGCUGCUGUGCUAAGUAAGCCCAUGGUUUGGCUCAGUGUGUCGUCCAAACCCAGAAUCAGGUUUUGUGGGCCACAGGUUCCCUACCCACCACAAAGAACUCUCCAGUGAUCUUAACUAUGCAGGUGUAAGUUCCUGACACAGGUUAUUCAGUGCCUGGGACAAUGGCUCUUGGGAGAGUGUCAGUCUAUACACGACGAUCUGCAGAAUUCAGUGGCAAAAGUUUCUUUGGACAGCACCAUGUAGCAAGAAACUAAGCCCCUUCCCUGCAUGCAGAAAAUUAAUGUAUCAGGGUGAAGAAGAAGAAGAGUUUGGAUUUGAUAUCCCGCUUUAUCACUACCCGAAGGAGUCUCAAAGCGGCUAACAUUCUCGGCUAGCAUGUGGAGGAGCGGAGAAGUGAACCUGGUUCACCAGAUUAUGAGACUACCGCUCUUAACCACUACACCACACUGGCUGGCUUCAGCUAUAAUGCUCUUUUUCUGUGUGCUUGGAACUUCUUAAUUUUUUUUAGUGGGGCAUCAUUCCAUAAGGACGUACACGGUUCAGGAGUAGCCUUGCCACCAGCCCCUGCUGCCUGCCUAAAUGGAGGCAAAGUGUGAGGGUGUUUCUGCUUCCCUAUAGAAGUGCAAGGAGCUUUUAGGGAAUAAUAAUAAUAAUAAUAAUAAUAAUAAUAAUAAUAAUAAAUUUGUUAUUUAUACCCCACCCAUCUGGCUGAGUUUCCCCAGCCACUCUGGGUGGCUCCCAAUUGAGUGUUAAAAAUAAUACAGCACAAAAAUAAGAUAGCUGCUUAUUUCCUUGAUAUCUGAUGGGAGGGCGUUCCACAGGGCGGGUGCCACUACCGAGAAGGCCCUCUGUCUGGUUCUACAGUGUCGCUAGUGAGUUGACUGGGUCCAUCAAUUCCCUGUCCGCUCCUCUUCCCUCACGUGUCCUGUCCCCCCCCCCUUAAUUAAUGCGAGCUGCUUUGGGAGACAAUAAUGGUCUGGAAAGCAGAAUAGAGUAAUAGGUAUUUUACCUGUUGAAUGUACCUGUUACAGUGUUUCCUAAUGCUUCCUGAUCAUACGCUCCUAAAGUCCUUCAUUGCAACUGCAGCUCCAGUGUCAGGUAUCAAUAAUGUUUAAAUAUUGUGGUUUGGAAAUAAUUGCACUGCCCCAUCCUGAAGUGUUACUUUCUCAGUGCAAAGUUGGGCAAUCAGAAGCUUCCCCCUCCACGAGCAGAAGCAGACCCAUUACUGCCUGUUAUGGGGCUGGAUAUAUAUUCUGUGUGCAUCCCCACAAACCAUAUGUGAAGCACAUGUGAAAUUGGCAAUCAGGAGUGUGGGGGUGGGGGAAGGGUACAAAGCAGCCCUUCUGCAAAAAUCUGUCUGCAUCCAUCCAUCACUCCAUCAUCACCUUGACACGUUUGACUCAUAGUUAAGCAAAAUCAGCCCUGUGUCAACACGGAGACUCAUUCAGCCAUGUGAAAGUGCCCAAAAUGGCAGGAGGAGGAAAUGAACAGGAGUUGGCAGCGAUGGAGUAAGGAACACGCUUGUGAUAAGUUAUUUGCCUUUAGCUUACUGCUGCAAAUAAAAAUCUAAAGAAAUCCAAUAUCCAGGAUCAUCCUACAGCCGUGUUGAUUCUUCCAAUAUGGUUCUGGCCGCUAAAUGUACUUAGACGUUUUGUUGCAAUCCAGCAGCAUAAAUUUUGUUAAUUAAAACAAAACAAAAAAAAAAGUGCUUGAUUUAGAUCUACUGCAUCCUGAAGACCCAAGGCAGGUGUGUAGGUGUGUGUGUGUGUCUGUGCAUGCACAAAAUUUCCAGUUAAAAACAGUCAAGAUCCAGUAAAGCAAAAAACAUUACAGUUUCCUGGCUUUAAAAUCAUCCUGAAACAAUACCUUCCCCCAGGAACCUGUGGCCCUCCUGAUGUUGCUGGAUCACAACUCCCAUCAUUCCUGAUCAUCGACCAUGUUGGUUGAGGCUGAUGGGAGUUGUAGUCCAACAACAAAUGGGGGCUGUAUCACUUUGCCUAACUUUGCCCUCACUGCUGCUGCAACAUAGCACCUCCAUCUUUUUCUAUUUUUACCAGGGCCAUGCUAACCAAUCAAAGAGGUUGUAACUGAAUGAAAAAUGCAGCUCUGGGCCCUGUUUUUGAAAUCAAGGGAUGCUUUGAAAAGAAGAAGCAAACACACCCCAUGCCCCAGUCUUAAAUAGUAACUUGGGAUGUUAAAUCCCAUUAGAUGAGACCGACAAGCAAGUGUACCUGGGUUUGCUGCUUUGGCCUGGAACUUGUCAGUUGUGUGAUCGCUGCUAAUGCAGGGGUGAAAGCAGAAGAGAGUUAUUUUUAAUCCAGUUUGCUUUCCAGUCUGUGCAGGCAUUACAUUAGAGCUACAAAAUGGGAAAUGUAAAAAGAGCAAUUUGAGCAUCGCUUGUGAGCGCAGCCUUCGUCUUGUGGUUUGGCUUCUGGGUCAUGCUUUCUACUUGGGCCGCUGUCCAUGAUUUAAAAGAUGAUGAUUAGCAAACUGCGUAUCUGCUGCAUGAAAAAAUUAUUUCCCCCACUUCUCUUCCAGAGUUAUAGGCAUGUGUUCCUUUCUGCCUUUUCUAAAUCAAAGCUAGUGUAACAUCACAGCAUCUGUGGUGACAGCAUCCGAGAACCAGCUUGCAGGAGUUUCCCUAACAUUUGCUAGCUGAAAAUGCAGGAAAACAGUGACAUCUAUUGAUGAAGAGCAGCAAGUUUUUAAAACAUCGAGAAACCUGCUUUGGGUAUCUUCAGUGGAAUGGCUUUUAAACUAGAAUGUGACCCUCUUGUUUGAGUUUCACUUCAUCAUUUUUCCACAACGUGCUCUGAACAGAACUGGAGAAAACAAUCCCGUCUUCUUGCCUUUUCCAUCUGGUUUAAAUUCCACAUGGAGUUGAGCAAUUGCCAUGGCACCAAUGAUGCAAAUGGCUCUUAGGUAGAGAGGACCAUUUUGCUACUAACCUACACCUGAAAUAUGCUAAAAUCCUAAAAGGGUGAGAUCACUGACCAAGCUAUCUAGGGAUGAGAGUCUUCACUCUGUACUAUUUUGAUUGUCUGUAUGGGCUCACCAAUUUUAUAAGAAGGUUUAAAAAGUUGUUAUAGGUUGCAGAGCACUAAGGUUGCUUCCAGAUGGCACUCUGCAGCUGUUUAGAUGGUUGGAGCUCCAAAAUGGAAGACAAGAAGCACCAGCUAGAGCAGCAGUUUUCUUCCCAGCUAAGAUUGCAGACUUUACAAUUUGCCUUUAUAAUUCUGAGCAUUGGGUAGGGAGGUGUCCCAGCAGCCUCCACCCCCAUCGUUCUGCCCGGACACUGAGAUCCAGCACCGAGGGCCUUCUGGCGGUUCCCUCGCUGCGAGAAGUGAGGUUACAGGGAACCAGGCACAGGGCCUUCUUGGUGGUGGCAUCUGCCCUGUGGAAUGCCCUCCCAUCAGAUGUCAAGGAAAUAAGCAAGUAUCUUACUUUUAAAAGACAUCUGAAGGCAGCCCUGUUUAGGGAAGUUUUUAAUGUUGAAUGCUAUAUUGUAUUUUUAAUAUUCAAUUGGGAGCUGCCCAGAGUGGCUGGGGAAGCCCAGCCAGAUGGGCGAGGUAUAAAUAAUAAAUUAUUAUUAUUAUUAUUAUUAUUAUUAUUAUUAUUAUUAAUCUCCCGCUUUAACAUCCCCUCCAAGCUAGCUGCAAACAGGAGUGUUUCAUUAAAGCAGAUAAUGUCAAUCUUUGGAUGUCAAUCUCUUCGCCGUUAGGUGCCGUGUGGCUACCUUCCUAUUUAUAUAUAAUUUUUAUUAAUUUCAACAUACCAAUUAUGAUACAUUCCACAGAACUUCACAUCUUAUACAAUCUUUUUGGACUUCCAUCAGCACCUCUGAUGAUCCACCAUUUUUAUCAUUUCUUCUGCAUUUCUUAAAUUCCUAUUGCCUUUAAUUAUCUUAACUCACAAUCCACCUCUUUAACCAUUUUUGCAAUAAUUCAGAUAAUUUACCUCACAAAACUUCUUGCAAACCUGCCAUGUGGCUACCUUCUAUAGCUCUAGCACAAGCGGCAGGACCCCUGUCCAACCAAAAGAGGACAAACAGGGGAAACACAUAUUUUAACACUCCGGAUAUUUUCGCAGAUGAAAGGCUAUUUCACACAUUCCAAAGCUGCAAAACCUGUGCUUGCCACGUUAUCUACAUGUAGCAGGGUAGCUACAGCUAGGAAUGGAUGAAUCCAUCCAUUUCAGAUUAUCGUUUUUCCAACCACCCAGUAUUCACAUUUUCGCAUGCUGUUUUGUUCAAUAUACUGCAUUUCUUCACAUAUAUAAUAUACCUAACACACACAUUUUUGUCCAGUUAUUUUGUUGGAGAACCACAUUGCAAGAGUCACAGAAGUGUGAUUUUUCAGAAGAAACCCGUGUUUCGGUUCACGUCUUAUUUUGGGAAGUGCAAGUUGAUUGGCAUUGAAAUGCAAACUGGCAUUAAAAUGCAAACUGAACUGAUUUUCUCUCCCAUCCUUUCCUGCAGCAAAUCCCAGAAUCCUGAUGAGUGUGCCUGCAUGAAUGUAAAUCAUGAGACCCAGUGUGGUGUAGUGGUUAGGGUGCUGGCCUAGGACCUGGAAGAGCAGGGUUCAAAUCCCCACUCAAUCACAUGAAGCUCAUUAGGUGACCUUGGGCUCUCAGCCUUACCUACGGGUUGUUCUCAAGAUAAGUUGCACAUGCCAACUUAAGAUCAUUGGAGGAAAUAGAGGGAAUUAUUAUUAUUAUUAUUAUUAUUAUUAUUAUUGCAGGAAUUUCCUUUUUAGAUGGGUGAAGCCGCUUUAAGGUUACAGUUCCAUACUCACUUACUUUGAAGUUAGCCCAACUGAGCUCAGUGGAAUUAACAUCUGGGGACGCAUGUAUUCAGAAUUGUGCUCUAUGAUUCUAUGAUCAUAGAAUUGUAGAGUUGGAAGGGAUCCAGUCCAAACCCCUGCAAUGAGGAAUCAUCUGUGGAUACGGUUGCUUUUUGUAUUAUGUUGGAGAAUGUACAAUUCUAUUCAUUUAUUUACUUAAAGCGCUUUGAUUCUGCUCCUCAGUCAAAAAAGAAAAAGAAAAAGGUUUCCAGGGCAGGAUGUCUUUAAAAUAUCAGUGAUGAUGCAGUAUAGCAGUAAUAAUACAGUCUCUGUCCUCAGGCUUACAUUCUGAAGACACAACCCAAGAGGAAAAGAGUUGGGGAGGGAGGAGGAAAAGGCAAGCUCGGGUUUGUUAGUUAUUAAAUUCCCACCUCUGUAUUUAACAUUUUCCUUUUCGUUCCAAGAAAGUAGCAAAGCAAUAUCUGGCAUGUCCUUCCCAUCUUAUCUUAUCAGCUGUCUUAUCUUUAAAAGACAUCUGAAGGCAGCCCUGUUUAGGGAAGUUUUUAAUAUUUAAUGCUGUAUUGUUUAAACACUCGACUGGGAGCCGCCCAGAGUGGCUGGGGAAACUCAGCCAGAUGGGCAGGGUAUAAAUAAAUUAUUAUUAUUAUUAUUAUUAUUAUUAUUAUUAUUGAUGAAAAUGCAUCCUUGCCAAUUGAUCAGCUGAAGUCCUGUUUUAUCUAUAGAAUAAGAUGAAUCAGUUGAAGGAAAUGCAAUUAAAAAAGAAAUUUUGUGUUAAACUGACUUGUAUGAUAGUCACAGGCAGAUUGCCUGACCUUCUCUAUCCUCACACAAAUGUUUUUUUUCCCUUCUCCUAGGGAUCCCUGGCAGCAAAGAAGUUAGGGUUUUUAACCUGACCUCCCUCACGAAGUCUGAAAACAUCUUGUCUGCUCUGUUGCAUUACUACGUUGGGGAUCUCCAGAACAGUAGCAAUAACUGCCCUCAUAUCAAGGGCUGCUCUCGCCACGGGCACAGGAAGCCCGACAUGCAGAUCAGCCUCUCGCUGUUGAGUUUUCCUCCAACGGGAAACCAAACUCGGACCCUGGGGCAUUACUCCAUCAAUGUCUCCACUGCUUUUCGGGACGUCCUUUCUUGGCAGUGGAAGAACAUCACUCAAGUCUUGAGCAAGGCAAAACAAAACAACGACCUGCUCAUUGGAGUAAAAAUGGCCUCUGUCGGCCGGCACACCUGGAAGAACAUGCAUCCCAGCUACGAGCCGUACAUUCUCAUUUACGCGAAUGACUCUGCGAUUUCGGAGCCUGAGAGUGUCGUCUCCAGCUUGCAAGGACACUGGAGCCCGCUUCCAGCCAGCUUCCCCAAAUUAGACCGCCAUUUGAAACGCGGGCUGGGGGAACGGCGGCAAAAGCGCUCCGCCAGCGUCUUGCUGCCUCUGCAGAACAACGAGCUCCCGGGGGCCGAGUAUCAGUACAGCGAAGAUGAAGGUUGGGAGGAGAGGAAGCACUACAAAACGCUGCAGCCCCGGCUGGCGGAGAGGGCAAAGAACAAGAAGAAGCAGAGAAAGAACAACCACCAGAAAAGCCAAACGCUGCAGUUCGAUGAGCAGACUCUGAAAAAGGCAAGGAGGAAGCAGUGGAACGAGCCGAGAUACUGCACACGGCGCUACCUCAAAGUGGAUUUUGCAGAUAUUGGCUGGAGCGAAUGGAUUAUUUCCCCUAAAUCUUUUGAUGCUUAUUAUUGCUCAGGUGAAUGCCAGUUCCCGAUUCCAAAGGUACAGUAUUUCUCUCUCUCUCUCUCUCUCUAUAUAUAUAUUUGUUUAGUCGUUUAGUCAUGUCCGACUCUUCGUGACCCCAUGGACCAGAGCACGCCAGACACUCCUGUCUUCCACUGCCUCCCGCAGUUUGGUCAAACUCAUGCUGGUAGCCUCGAGAACACCGUCCAACCAUCUCAUCCUCUUGCGUCCCCUUCUCCUUGCGCCCUCCAUCUUUCCCAACAUCAGGGUCUUUUCCAGGGAGUCUUCUCUUCCCAUGAGGUGGCCAAAGUAUUGGAGCCUCAGCUUCAGGAUCUGUCCUUCCAGUGAGCACUCAGGGCUGCCCCCCCUCUCUCUAUAUAUUAAAUCUUGCUUUAUCUCUACACAGUGCGGAAAAACGCAGCCCCAUCCUUUUAACAAACUGCACAUGGCUUUCUUAAAAGUGUCAAUAAAAUCCAGCUUGAUUGUUAUUAAACCAUGGUAUGCAGUAAGUGGGCUUUCUCUCUCUCUCUCUCUCUCUCUCUCUCUCUCUCUCUCUCUCUUCCUAAUGGCUAAGUAAGAAUCCAGAACUGAUUUACACAAAGGUAUAAAAAUAAAGUUACAGGGGAGAAUUACAGCAGGCUUUUUUUUACAGAAUUCAAAUAUGCUAUAAAUUGCUUAUUGGGUAAUAAUAAUGUGUGAACGCGUGACUGCCUGGUUAAUCAUCCCUAAUAUCCCCUGCAUGCCCGUUUCUAAAAAAAUAAUAAAAUACAACCGUGUUUAGUGCUUUAUAAAAGUUGCAGCCCAUUUCUAAAAAUCGGUGUGCUGGAAACUAAGUGCUUUGGUUGGGGAGAAGGAUGCACUAAACUAUGAGGUUCCACUAGGUUGGAGAAGAAAUCACGCCGUUGGCAUGGGAUGUUUCAGCUACUAUCUGGAUUCCAUAGGUGGCUGCCUUGGAGCAGGUACCUGUGGGAAACUCACACCGAGGACCUGAGCACAGAUACACACUUCCCUCCUGUGGUUUCCAGGAACUGGUAUUCAGAACCAUUACAGUCUAGGACUGUAACUAGCAGUGAUUGAUAGCUAUCUCCUCCUCCAUGAAUUUGUCUGUUCAUCUUUUAAAGCCACCCAAGUUGUUGGCCAUCACUGCUCCUGUGGAACAGAGUUCCAUAGUUUAACUAUUGUUGUUGUUGCUAACAUUUAUAUACUGCCCUUCAUCAAAAGAUCUCAGUGUGGUUCACAAGAUAAAAGCACAAAUAAAUUAUUGUUGUUAAUUAGAUUUAUAUACUAUGCAUAAUUUUAAGGAUGUGGGUGGCGCUGUGGGUUAAACCACAGAGCCUAGGGCUUGCCGAUUAGAAGGUCGGCGGUUCGAAUCCCCACAACAGGGUGAGCUCCCGUUGCUCGGUCCCUGCUCCUGCCAACCUAGCAGUUCAAAAGCACGUCAAAGUGCAAGUACAUAAAUAGGUACCACUCUGGCGGGAAGGUAAACGGCGUUUCCGUGAGCUGCUCUGGUUCUUCAGAAAUGGCUUAGUCAUGCUGGCCGCAUGACCCGGAAGUUGUACGCCGGCUCCCUCAGCCAAUAAAGCGAGAUGAGCGCCACAACCCCAGAAUCCUCCAUGACUGGACCUAAUGGUCAGGGGUCCCUUUACCUUUUUUACUAUGCAUAAUAUGAAGAAAUACUUACUUUCACCUGUCCUGAAUCUUUCAACAUUCUGUUUCAGUUUCGUUGGGUUUCCACAAGUUCUAGUGAGAGAGGGAGAAAAAUCUUUGUCCUCUUUUUCCAUGUCUUUGUUAUUACUGGCGCUCUCCCGAAGUUCAGACCUAUCUUGUAGUGGCUCAUCCAGGCAUCCUAACCCCCUCUUGCUGCAUGCCUCUUGCCACAAAACCUAUGCUAGGAGAAUGGCAGCCAGGCAGGCCAGCGUGGAGAGCUUCAGAAGCAGCAACCUAAUCUUUUAACUGAAGGGACGUCUUCACCCCCAUUGCUCAGCCCAGACACUGAGGUCCUCCUCUGAGGAUCUUCUGCUGGUUUCAGGGAAGUUACAGGGAACCAUGCAGAGGGCCUUCUCGGUAGUGGCACGCUCCCUGUAGAACGCCCUCCCUUCAGAUGUCAAAGGAGAUAAAGAACUACAGUGGUACCUCCGGUUAUGAAUGGGAUCUGUUCCGGAGGCCUGGCUGUAUCCCGGAAUUUCCGUAACUGGAGGACCGCUUCUGCACAUGUGCGAGUGGCAAACCCACUUCUGGGUUUGCUGCGUUUACAACCCGAAAGUUUCGUUACCCGAAGGUAACUUAACCCGAGGGUCCACUGUACAUAACUUUUGGAAGACAUCUGAAGGCAGCUCUGUAUUGGGGAGUUUUUAACGUUUGAUGCUUUAUUAUGUUUUACAUGUUCGAUGAGCCACCCAGAGUGGCUGGGGAAACCCAGCCAGAUGGGUGAGGUAUAAAUAUUAUUAUUAUUAUUAUUAUUAUUAUUAUUAUUAAUUAUUAUUAUUAUUAUUAUUAUUAUUAUUAUUAUUAUUAUCAACUCUUGGGUGCCCCUGGCCAUGUUGGCCCUAUCAUUAGGCAGAAUGAGGUGACCGCCUCAGGCAGCUGAUGUUGGGGAGCAGCAACGAGGUUCUGGAAGGCAAAGUGCUUGACCCUGUGGCCCUCAAGUGCAGUGAAUGUUGAAGUUGCCAAUGUUGAAGUAAGAUUCAGUUGCCUAUUUCAUCAGUUCCUGUGCCUGGAACGGUGUGUGCAGAUGGCUGCCUUUGGUCUGGGAAGGAAUUCUCCUCUGUGGAUGAUGCCGUAUGGCAAUGGUGUGUUUUUAUUUUUAUUUUUUAUUUUAAUUUAUUUUAAUUUAUCUGACUAUUAAUAGGCCUUUAUUUUUUGUUAUUCCUCCAACAUUUGACCUUUCACAAAGCCCUUGAGGCUGCUUACAAUUUGAAACAACACCCCAAGAAUCCCGCAUAUAAAGCCACACACAAAAUUGCAAAAAAACAACAUCAGUAACAACUACAUUUAAGCAGAAGAACAGCAAACAAAAGUCAUGUUAGAGUCCCCUAAAGACUCGUGAAACAAAAGUUUUUGUCAUUUCCCCAUAUAAUGUUUCAAAAGAUUGUUUCUGGUAGGCCUCUUCCUUUCAAGGGAACUAGAGGAAAGGCACGUGGUGCAUCCACUGGGUUGAAAAUAAGUAAGACUGAUUCUGGUCAGUGCCUAGAGAUGUGCAGUAGGGGCAAGGGCAUUUAGAGACAUUAAAUGCAGUUUGCAUUUGGUUUGCUCUCUGAAGUGCAGCCAUCCUGUGAAAUUUGCACUUCUCUGAAUUUUGCAAUGCAAUGCCAGUCUUCUCAUAGAACUGUACAGUUGGAGGGGACCCUGAGGAUCAUCUAAUCCAACCCUCUGCAAUGCAAGAAUACGCAGCUCUCCCAUACGGGGAUCGAACCUGCAACCUUGGCAUUAUCAGCGCCAUGCUCUAACCAACUGAGCUACUUGGGCAAUGAGGACUUUUCCUUUUCAUUUUUGCAAAGUGAUUAUCCCUUAUCUAAUGCACCUUUGUGUGAUAUUUUCCCUGACAUAAUGCACUUUUACAUGUCGCUUUCACUAAUAUAUGCAUUUACACCCACCUUAAUAUGUGCUUUUUAAUACAUUGGUAUCUCGGGUUACCCGAGGACGUGGGUGGCGCUGUGGGUUAAACCACAAAGCCUAGGAUUUGCAAUCAGAAGGUCAGCAGUUCGAAUCCCCAUGACGGGGUGAGCUCCCGUUGCUCGGUCCCUGCUCCUGUCCACCUAGCAGUUCGAAAGCACCUCAAAGUGCAAGUAGAUAAAUAGGUACCGCUCCGGUGGGAAGGUAAACAGCGUUUGCGUGCACUGCUGUGGUUCGUCAGAAGCAGCUUAGUCAUGCUGGCCACAUGACCCAGAAGCUGUACGCUAGCUCCCUCGGCCAGUAAAGCAAGAUGAGCACCGCAACCCCAGAGUCGUCCGUGACUGGACCUAAUGGUCAGGGGUCCCUUUACCUUUACCUUACCUCGGGUUAAGUACUUAAUUUUUUCCGGAGGUCCAUUCUUAACCUGAAACUGUUCUUAACCUGAAGCACCACUUUAGCUAAUGGGGCUUCCUGCUGCAGCCGCGCUGCCACUGCGCAAUUUCUGUUCUCAUCCUGAAGCAAAGUUCUCAACCUGAGGUACUAUUUCUGGGUUAGCGGAGUCUGUAACCUGAAGCGUAUGUAACCUGAACUGUCUGUAACCCAAGGUACCACUGUACACAUUACUUGGCUGGAGAGCUGUAUCUCAAAAUUCAGAGAAGCACAAACCGGGGAAGGAUCAUUGUGUUUUGGUUUGCUUAUUUUUUUCACAAGAUGGCCCACCAUCUUAAGUGCAAGUUCAGCCAGUUUGCCUUUAAAUGUGAACUGCACCAAAUUCUUCCUCCCUUCCUAUGGGCUAAUGGUGUGACUUGAUACAAGGCAGCUUCCUCUGCUCCUUUGUAACUACUCACACUUCUUCCUUUUCCCCUUCCUUGCCGUGUUUCCAUUAACCCCCUCUCGCUCGGGUAGGCAUCUUGGAUAUCCAGAUGCAGACCAGCUGGGAGCUGGGGGAGAUAAUAAAACCGGAGAGGUGGAGAGGGGAAAUCCAUGUGGAUUUGAAUCAUUACCACUCUGUCUGUCUUAACAGCCCUACUUUCAUCUAGCUUCCCAAAAACAUGUCCGUAGGUGUCUGAGGACACUCAUCAUUUUAUUUUAUUUUACACUCCAUGUGUUUUCUACAGGAAACACCUGCGCAACACUAAAGGUGGCUGUUGUGCAAAGUCUUGAGCUGCUCUAACGCAGAGACAAAUAUAUGCACCGAAAAGUACUGCAGGCAGAGGACUGGGCAUUCCAACAGUCCCACACAUAAAGAAUUGCUACUCAGAGGGAAAGCUAGGACGAAAAAUUGCUUCUGAAAAGGAAUUCCUCUUUCUUAUCUACUAUGUAGCUCAGGGGUGAUGGAGAACCUCAAGCCCAGGAGGCAAAUGUAGGGGGGGCAGGCAUCUCUAGAUGGCUCUUGGGAAUCCCUACAGGCCACACCCUCCUGGAGUGCUUUUGCCUGCAUGGAAUGUGUCAUUGACCUGUGACAAUGCUUCUUGUUUGCAUGGAUGGAAGGUUUGGGUAUGUGCACAACCUUCUGGUUUUGUGUGUGGCUGAAAUGCAACCUAUGGGUCAAAGGUAAGAGCCACAUCCACUUUUGUUUCUGGCCUUCAGGCAUUGUUGUUGUUGUUGUUGUUUAGUUGUUUAGUCGUGUCCAACUCUUCAUGAUCCCAUUGACCAGAGCACACCAGGCACUCCUGUCUUCCACUGCCUCCCACAGUUUGGUCAAACUCAUGCUGGUAGCUUCGACAACACUGUCCAACCAUCUUGUCCUCUGUCGUCCCCUUCUCCCUGUGCCUUCAAUCUUUCCCAACAUCUGGGUCUUUUCCAGGGAAUCUUCUCUUCUCAUGAGGUAGCCAAAGUAUUGGAGCCUCAGCUUCAGGAUCUGUCCUUCCAGUGAGCAUUCAAGGAUGAUUUCCUUAAGAAUGGACAGGUUACCCACCAACAUUUCUCCAAUGAAAACAGGGACAUCCUAUUUUGACAACAACAACAAUUUUAUUACCGUAUUUUUCGCUCCAUAACAUGCUCCCAACCAUAACACGCACAUAGUUUUUAGAGGAAAACAAGAAAAAAAAUAUUCUAAACGAAACAGUGGAUGUAUGAUUUUUGUGGUUCAUGCUGUGGCCACAGACAUGUGAUCUGACGGUGAGUUUGGGGUAGCCCAAUGCAAAGAUCCUGAGGAUCCAUGUGGAUCCAUGCUUUGUAACCAUGUUUUUGCACCACUGCGGCCCCAGGCAACAGUGGGUGCGUGAUUUUUUUGGUGCAAGCUGUAGCCAUGGACAUGCUAUGUGAUCUGAUGGUGAAUUUGGGGUGACCCAGUGCAAAAAUCCUGAGGAUCCAUGUGGAUCCGUGCUUUGUAACCACGUGAAUGAAGGAACUGUCAGUAAUGUAUGGUAUCUCCAAUACAGUGAUGAAGGAAGAGGAGGGGGGAGCUCACACUUAUCCUAGGCAAAGCAGCCAACUCCUAUAGGCCUAGGUGCCUUCACCCCCCCCAUUAAAUAUUUGAGGGAGUCAUCCCCCACCCCCCCAUUGUGGUAUGUGAGUGGGGCUUACCUGGCUGUCCCCCCAAUAUUUUUUGAAGUUGGAAGAGGGAGGGAGGGAGGGAGGGAAGAGAGAGGGGGAACUCACAUUUGUGCAGCUGCCUUGCCUCGAACCGGAGCAAAAAGAGGAGGAGGAGACUCAGGGACACGAGCCUUGUAAGCUGCUUUGUUUGAAUUUACCGGUGAGGUGCUGGGGGAGGGACGGAAGGGGAUGCCCUCUUUGUCCCUCCUUCCGGCUCAUUGUAAAGAAAGCAGAGUAAGAGCCGCUUACAUUUGUGUAAGGGAGAGCCAUAGAGCAGGCAGACACUGAGAAAGAGAGGCUGUCUCCCUUUCCCCACCUUGGCUUUUACACGCUGCGCGCAGCUCUUGCCGGCUUCCGAGCUACCUCCCUUCUCCCACCUCACCAAAAAGCCAUAGAGCAGGCAGACAGGAGGAAGAGAGGCUGUCUCCUGACACUCAGCUGUUGCUCAGCUGUUGCCGGCUUCUCAGCGAGCCAAGCGGAGGAAGAGAGGCUGCCGAACAGCCAGCAAGAGUGGCUCCUCCUGCCUGCAUUCGCUCCAUAACGCGCACACACAUUUCCCUUUACCUUUUAGGGGGGAAAAACUGAGUGUUAUGGUGCGAAAAGUACGGUAUAUAUUCACCCAGCCCAUCUGACUGGGUCGCCCCAGCCGCUCUGGGCGGCUUCUAACAUAUAUAAAAUAAUAAUAAAACAUUUAGAAACUUCCCCAUACAGGGCUACCUCUAGUUAUCUUCUAAAGGUUGUCUAGUUACUUAUCUCCUUGACUCAAAGGGUCACAUAAUUCCAUACCCUCCAACAUUUCUCCAAUGAAAAUAGGGGUGUCCUAAGGAAAAGCAGAACAUUCUUAUAUCAAAUCAGAAACUGGGGCAGCUUCUGUAAAUCUGGGGCUGUCCCUGGAGAAUUUGCUGAUCGCCAAUUUGGGGAGCAGAGGCUGCUGUUGUAGCUGCUCUGACUCUGGGGUCUGCAUGAGGUUUAGAUACCAAGAGCCUUCAGAAUAUACCUAUGCCUAUUUUUUAAAUUAUUUUACUAGUUGCAGCUAUAUAUUCAAAAUAUUUUUGUCCUACCUUUCCCAUAUAAUGUUCCAGGCGGCGAACAGGUUUGUUUCUUUAGCUGAUAAACAUAUUAGUCCUGUCUUGCAAAUAAAAUUGUCAGAUGUUACCAGUCCACCAGCCCAUCUGUCUGAACUCACAGCAUUAGUUACCUGUAUUGACAGUAAUAAAAAGGUGGCGGGUGGAAGUCUUACUAUUUAUUUACAACAUGUUCCCUAACUGCUCACUGACAAUCAUGCAAGCCACUAUUUAUAAGCCUGCAUUGGUCAGUUUUGUUGUUUGCUUCGUGGGCCAACGUACACAUAAAAUUAUGAACACUUUUCAAACAGAAUGCUUAAAUUGCCCACUUUUGUUUUGAAGAAAAAGCAGCAGUGCCCCCAAUACAGAUGGGAGCCCCCACAUCAUCUUUAUUUUUAUUUUGUAAAUCACACACACACACACACACACACACACACACCACAGAGAUAGAUGCUAUUAUUUUCCCCUGACUUUGGCCAGCCACCUCAGUCUUAUCUACCUCACAGGGUUGUUUAUAAGAAUAAAAUGAUGGGGAAGAAUAUAUGUUGUGAGUUUUUAUUGCUGUAAACUGCAUUUUUUUAUUAUACAGUGGAACCUCGGGUUGCGUACCGUCCUUCUUACGAACGCUUCAGGUAACGAGUUCCACUAACCGGGAAGUAGAUGUUCCUGGUUGCGAAUUUUGCCCCGGGAUGCGAGCAGAAGUUGUGCAGCGGCGGCAGUGGGAGGCCCCAUUAGCGAAAGCAUCGGUUUCGGGUUAAGAACAGCCCUCCGGAACGAAUUAAGUUCGUAACCAGAGGUCCCACUGUAUAGCAAUAUAGGCAAUCCUUGUUUUGUGCAGGGGGUUAUGUUCCAGAUCCCCAUGUGUCAGUUCUGGCAGGGCCUGUAUAAAAUGUUCUGCCCCACACAGUUCCACCCUUUUAGUGACUUUUAAUGACGUUUAGUGACUUUUAAUGACCUUUUAGUGACGUUUUAAUGACGGGUGAAGCUGUGGGUUAAACCACAGAGCCUACGGCUUGCCGAUCAGAAGGUCGGCGGUUCGAAUCCCCGCGACGGGGUGAGCUCCUGUUGCUCGGUCCCUGCUCCUGCCAACCUAGCAGUUCGAAAGCACGUCAAAGUGCAAGUAGAUAAAUAGGUACUGCUCUGGUGGGAAGGUAAAUGGCGUUUCCGUGUGCUGCUCUGGUUCACCAGAAGCGCCUUAGUAAUGCUGGCCACAUGACCUGGAAGCUGUAUGCCAGCUCCCUCGGCCAAUAAAGCGAGAUGAGCGGCGCAACCCCAGAGUCGGUGACGACUGGACCUAAUGGUCAGGGGUCCCUUUCCCUUUACCUUUAAUGACGUUUUCAGGUCACUUCUGGGAUUGGCGUCAUGCGAUCAAGUGUCAAUUGGAUGCACGUAAAUCGGCCAUCGCCUGUGCAUAAAUAUUUUUGCAAUUAAUAAUGUAAUGCCAUCUUGAACACUUUGAAGGAAAUAUAUGCUACAAAUGUGCCAAAUGGAUGGAUAAGCAAUCUGAUUCUAACAGCAAGAAGGAGGCACAACACUCAACUCUCUCUGGGCCGGCUGAUGCUUAUAGCUCCCAAAGAACUUUUUGGAUAGCUGAGCCGACUUCCAGGGUCAGAGUUCAGCUGAGGAGAACAGCAGCUCAGGAGAGAAGCUUCAGGCAGGCAGAAGGAUUCCCGUCUCCUCGCUCAGACACUUGAUCAGAGCAGUUUUGGGUCUAAACAAAUAGAACUGCAGCUCUCACAUCUAGUAUGACCCUGUGGGUCAGUUUACACGAUGGGUAGCCCAUGUGAUGCUUUCGACGACAACUCUCAUUGGUCCCAGGCAGCAACACAAAUUGCUAGGGAUGAUGGGAAUUGUAGUUCAGCAAACUCUGGGGCGGUAGGACAUCCUAUUGGCAGGCUCUGUUUCCCAGUUCCGGAGAACCAAAUGGUGGCACUUAUACUGCACUCUAUUGCUUCAAGUUCUGCACUGUACGUUCAUAUAAAAACUGCACAUAGGAAAUUAACAGCUGGGGCAGGGGGGAAUCCUCCUUGACAUGCUAUUUUACUAUAGCCUGAAGACCAGGAAAAACUUUACAGCUUGAUUCUGUUGAAUGUCUAGGCUGGCUCUGAGUAUCAAGAGGUUCAUUCAUAUUUCUUAGUGCAGUGCCUGGAAGGGAAAACCAAGAGUUUUAAAUUUAAACUGAAAACCGCAUCCAAGCAAGGCUCUGCGUCAACCGGAGAGAAGUUGCUCUCAUACCACAACCGUGCAGGAAGGGUACCGCAGGCCAGCAAACAUCUUUAUUGCUAUUUUGUGCAUAAAACCACAAAAGCAGAACAAUAAACUCGCAGCCCCUUUCAGAAACUGCAAUUGACUUUGGAGAAGCAUAACCUCCCAGCGUUCCUAAUAAAACAGACUUGACAUCAGCAGAGCACCUGUUUCCAAUUCCUUUUAGCUCAUAAGACACAAUGGAUAUUUCAUGGAUCCCUAAUGCAACCUUUUGUUCCUGGCAUUCGGUGAGAGCAAAAGGACCUUAGAAAAUUCCUGCGCAUGCCUAGGGAUAGCAUAAGAGCCUUCAUUUCUCUGUCCUAAUUCGUAUGCCUGCAGUAAAAUAGUCUUCUCCUGUUUUCUGACUUCAUUUUGUACAUACUCUAAAGACGUGGGACCUCUAGAAAUGUUUCUGGAAAAGAAAUCCAGACAAUGGGCUCAAAGGUCUCCUCAUCUUCCCUGCCCCACUCCACCCCACAUUUUAUGCAUUAAAUCCUUUAACAGGAACACUGGGGGCUGGGGGAGGAACAAAAGACAGAGAACAAUAUAUUGCAAAUUAUUCUUACAUAAGAUAUUGACUGGCUCAAACAGCAGCGCAUUGAGGAACCCCUUUUCCCAUUUUGGGGUGUUAACAGAUGCAACAGAGAUCUCUUUAUAAACUGCUACACCUUCCAUUUCAGCAAAUCAUCCACAGAAAGGGAGAGAGGUCUGCUGGCAUUAUGUUCCAUUUUGGAGAGGAAUUUAAAGAUUACCGGGAGGGAAAUUGCAUCUUGCACUGAAAUUAAAAACACAUCUUACCCGCCUGCUCUUGAAUGGAGUGAGAGGCCAAAUCCAAUGAAGUGCAUGUGCAGCAGCCAGAGAUAGCCGUGCAUAGCGUGAUAAGGGGAGCUGGAAUCUGCCUGGAUUAGCUGUUUGAUGGGGAAGGGGCAGAGAGGGGACAGAAUCCAGUCCCCACUUUCCUCCCGAAGAGCUGGCUCAUAUUCCAGCUUUGCUGCUUUCUAGGCUACAAACAUGCAGUCCUGGUAACUGGAGUCAGCUGGGGGAACAUUUUGUUGUUGUUGUUUAGUUGUGUCCGACUCUUCGUGACCCCAUGGACCAGAGCACGCCAGGCACUCCUGUCUUCCACUGCCUCCGGCAGUUUGGUCAAACUCAUGCUGGUAGCUUUGAGAACACUGUCUAACCAUCUCGUCCUCUGUCAUCCCCUUCUCCUUGUGCCCUCCAUCUUUCCCAACAUCAGGGUCUUUCCCAGGGAAUCUUCUCUUCUCAUGAGGUGGCCAAAGCACUGGAGACUCAGCUUUAGGAUCUGUCCUUCCAGUGAGCACUCAGGGCUGAUUUCCUUCAGAAUGGAUAGGUGUGAUCUUCUUGCAGUCCAUGGGACUCUCAAAAGUCUCCUCCAGCACCAUAAUUCAAAAGCAUCAAUUCUUCGGUGAUCAGUCGUCUUUGUGGUCCAGCUCUCACUUCCAUACAUCACUACUGGGAAAACCAUAUGGGCACCAUCAAUUUGUAUGCAUGUUCCCACAUCCAGUUAGGGAACCUGAUUUUGCAUAGGCAUGGCCGCUAAUGUGCAUGUUAGGCAAGAUGCGCUUGGUUGCUACUAAUAAUUGCAGGACACUAUCUUAACAGAUCAAGGCGUUUUUCUGCCCAAUGGGCACAUUUCCUUCUAAGCAGCCUUCACAGGAGGGGUGGUUGGUGCAUGCCAGCAGUGGGUGAGGCCCAGUGGCGGAGAAUGGGGGGGGGGGGGCACAGAGACAGUUGCCCUGAGCACAAAAUUCCUAGGGGUGCAAAAUUUCAACACCCAGCACUGCCUCAGUAUAGCUCUGUAUUUCUGUCGCUGGGUUCCAUUGAAAAUGGCUUCUCUGUGUGAACCAGGAAGUGAUCUCUCUAAACAAUGGAACUGCUUCUCUUUUCUUAUCUCUGCAGCUACGAUCUUUUGGGUGAUGCAGACGCUGUUAGGCAGUUGAGUGCGCAUGCGUACUCCGUCCACUUCCCUCCCUCUGCAAGGCCCUGGGCGCUGGCAGCCCACACUAGGCCACUGGUGGGGUCAGAGGCAAAAGAGGGCAGAGAAUUACAUGUGAAUUUUAUCUUUUUACAGUAGGCUACUAUCUACCCAGAAUUCACACACCUCUCUCCAUCCUCCAGGCAACCAAAAAGUUUUAUCAGAGCUGGAGGACACAUUCCAACCAGACAAAAACACUGGGCAGGUGCGAUGUUGGGCUGGUGAGAGGUGUGAUCUGGUGAAAGAGGGUUUGUGACCUGAGGAAAGUCCAAAGGGCCAAACAGAGAGAGCCACAUUCAGCCCCUGUCCUUUUAUACAGAGCAAGUCAAGUGUAAACUGGGCAGCCUCCGUUUAUUACAUCAUGAGCUCUUAAGAGGAAGGAUGACAUGCAGCGGUUUGUGGAUUUUAUUUGAUAAGUGAUAUCUUACAUACAAAAGGUGGCAUUUUGACAUGCAAACGGUUCGUUAAUUGCAUUUGAUAAGCAAUAUCCAACACGGCAGCUAUUUCAAGCCCUGGGUCACCAACCACUUGCUCUAUCAGAGCUGGUUUUCAGAUCAGUUAAGGAAGGUGUACAGUGUCCAAUAAGAUGGCUUGGUUGAGGAUUUCUUUCACUUACAUAAACUGUGAUGUGCAGAAUUAAUUAGUAAUGCUAACCUAUGUGCAGGGGGCGUACAGUAGCCCAAGGAACUCAUUGAACUCCGUAAACAUGUAGGACUGGGAGCUGCAAGCCUUCCAAGUCACUUUAUCUCUAAUCAACCUGAAAUAAUGCCAAACCAAACUGAGAUAUUAGAACAUGCAGUGAAUUUAUUAUUAUUAUUAUAUAUAUAAAUGUAUAUAACCUGCCUUAUUUUUAAAGGAUAAUCAAGGUGGCUAACAAACCCAUGUAUCCUAACAGUCCUGAAAUAUGGAGCGAUCACUGUUCAAACCGCAAAAUAUUCAUGCCAGAACUGCAACAACAAAUUCCAAAACAGCCAUCAGAUCUAAAGCAUUGGAAUAAACCAUUGUUCUUUCAGGGAAGCCUUGGCAAUUAAACCUGGUGUAAAAACACUGCAGAUCUAUUCACGGUGCUGCUGCUGUAAAGGAUCAGUUAAACAUUGUGUGUUCCCAGCCCAGUUAACUGCUGUUCUUCUCUUCUGCAGGCCUUGAAACCCUCUAACCAUGCAACUAUCCAAAGCAUUGUGAGAGCUGUGGGUGUGGUCUCUGGGAUUCCAGAGCCUUGCUGCGUCCCAGACAAGAUGUCGUCUCUCAGCAUCUUAUUCUUCGAUGAAAACAAGAACGUGGUACUCAAAGUCUACCCAAACAUGACAGUGGAAUCCUGCGCCUGCAGAUAACACCCUCCCCUGCAACCCAAGAAGCCUUAUCUUAAAAAACAACAGCUCCUGCGUUGACUUUGUUGCUUAACAGUUCUCCCCACCUGACCCCAUUUUGCACUGCCAAUGCAUUUCAUUCUCCAAAGAUUUUUAAACAAGUAUGAAUGAAAAGAUGUGCAGGAGCCAAGAAGGAACACACCAUAGGUUGCCACAAUGUGGAAGGACUAGACUGUAACUUUCUUACUGUGAGAAUAUGGUGGUGGGGGAAUGGAAAGCUCAGCACCAGUAAAGCAAGCAACAAACCUUGUUGUUGCAAGCUAUGCAUGGGGGGGAAUGAAAUCUGCAAAGAACUUGUCAAGAUGAUAUGAAGAUUGGCAGGAAGACCAUUUCGUAUAUUUCUGUACAAAGCUUUGUAAAUGGUUCAUCAAAACUGCUGGUUUUUUCAAUCCACUCUUUUAGAAUCUAGUGGUGAAGGAGAUUUAAGAUAUAUGUUAUGCGUCUGAAGCAAAGCUUUCUGCCUUAGGUUACAGGAGAACUUCCCAAAGUGCUGAACAACACAAUCGGUUCUGACAUACGCAAAGAACCUAAGAAAAUCCAGUGUAAGGUGUUUAUUUCCCUGUUGUGGCAUGUCAGAAGGGCUCUGUGUUUGUGCGUGCCUCUACACAGACAAGGGCUUCCUUUCGCAGAGUAAUGGAAACCUUUAUGUUGCAAUCAAAAAAUAUUCUUCUCUUUGCAUAUCUACUAAAGAUCAAUAUGCACGGGCAGUCAAUCCAACAAAAUCCUACUCGUUGACCUAGUGCCGGUCUUUGCAGGAAUGUGGAAGAGAAAAGUAGGGGACUCCCAGGAGGUUGCUAUGGCCCUCCAGAUGUUGCUGUACAACCCCCACCACCCCUGGCCAUUGGCCAUGCUUGCUGGCGCUGAUGGGAGUUGGAGGUCAGCAACGUUUGGAGGGCCAAAGGUUUCCUACAACUUCUUUGUGCAAUGAACAGCUCCUAGCGCUGGUAGUUAAGCCCUGUCAGGUGUGAUUUAAACAUGAUCGUGUGUGUAUGCAUUUUUCAGCUUCCUGGUGCGAGGUUCCACGUGCUCAGUGACAUGUAUGAACCUGAUCACUAGCACUCAUGUAUGCAGUUUCAGCCUGCUAGAAUCGUGUGUUUGUAAGGAAUGGCUACUUGGCAUGCUAAUGUCAUGUGCACAGGUGCCUGCAAGCCGGUUGAAAUAAGAAUGGAAGGAGAACCGUGCUGGAUCAGGCCAAGGGGUCAGGGAGAGGCUGAUGGGAAAAUCUCAAGCAGGAUCUGUUCUGCCCACCUGCAAUUCCCAAGCAGGCAGCAUACAAAAUCCUUAAUGCCCAGAGCCCUGCCUGGGUCAUUCUCCCCACCCCCCAAAAUGUGUUGCAUCACAUUUAGAGCAUCCCUCACUGUUGAGGAACGGAGUACAGUUCCUCCCCAAAACAGCACUGGCGCAAGGAGAGCUUGAGUUCACCAAAGCCAAUGAGCAAGCUGAUACAAAAUCAUAUGGCAGGUUCCAAUUACAGCAAAACCACAUUUCCUGAUGUGGACCAUGAGAAGCUGCAAACAUUUGGAGGAAAAAAGGUUGCAUCCCAUAACAGAAGAUUUACUCACGGCUGCAAUGAAUUCCUGGAUCUUGCACUUUUGAAUUUUCUGCCCCGUCUGCUCCCUCCCUGCUAGCAAUGGCUUUCUCACGUAAUUCUUGAUCAAGCUGUCCCUGCGCUGGUGCUACGUAUGAAAUCAUGAAAGCUCAGCGACGUCCACUUUCAUAGCCUUAGAGCAAUACUGCGCAGACGUAUCGAGUGUAGCACAAGGCCAUUAAACUGCAUAUCCAUGAGCUCAGCUUUAUUCAGUGGAACCAAAGACUAAGCAGAUGCUGAGUCAUUAGUCCAUGACCUUCUGGAAUUAUAAACUAUCCAGCCUGCAAUCAUGUAUCAUGGCUAGGCAAUCGGAUUAGCAGGCAAACAAUGCAUAGAGUUAUUUGGUCUCAUGCUUGCAGAUGAAAAUUGGGGAGUAGCAUCUGCUUUUGUCAGAGGAAGUUGGUGCUGAAUGCAGUGCGUGCAGAUGUGUGCGCUUUGACCACACUACCUGGAAAGGCCAGCACUUGGGAUGGACUUUGCAUAUGAUUGCUAUGCAUCUCACAGAAGAUACGAAGUGCCUUCCAGUCUCUGCCAAUAAAACACUGUGCAUCUUUCUUGUAUUCAAGCAAAGCUCUAGAGCUCGGAAUGGAGCUGAAAGCUUUCAUUUCCAGCUCACUAGAGUUAUAUUGCAGCUUCAAAGGGUUGGUUCCUCUUGCUGGGGAGCUGACAAUAUUAAGCUAUCUCCUUUCCCUUUUUUUUUUAAAUUAAAAAUAAGACUUUGUACAUUUUUAUUUUUAUUUUGCUUAGGAAUUGUAAUGCUUGUACAGUUGGCGUCAGUAAAGUUAAAAGGAAAAAAAACAACCCCAGAGGAUAUUUGUAUAUAGAAAGAAGCUUCUAUUCAUGCCUUUAAUUUAUUUUAUGUUUGUUGCCUUCCUGUGUGUUAAUUAAUUUCCACUUUUUAGUACUCUCAAAAACAUUGGUUUUUGCAUUAAUUUUACAAAAUUAUGUAUCUAUCAUUAGAGGAGCUGCAUGCCAUCGAAACCAAAUUUAUGGGAUGGAGGCACACUGAGAAGGGACACUUUUCACUACUGAUGUAUAAGCUUGCCUGACUUGUAUUUGUUUCUCUCCUUCAGUAAUAGGAAUUUUUCACUGCAAACUACUAUGUACAAGUAAAAAAAAAAUUUUUUUUAAUGUGAAUCUUUAUUCUCUCUCGAUUUUUAAUAUCACUUUGCACAGAAUAUUUUAAAACAGGAUACACGCUCCCUCCUUGUUUUGUAAAGGAUGACAAACAGGUUUUAAAUAAAUGAAUGGGCUUUC